GAAAAUUGUAGACAGGAAGCAUAAAUCCAUCAAAAUUAUCAAACAGAAAAACUUUCUAUAAAAAUGGCUGAGAAAUCCUGUUCAACACUCACACCUUCGCACUCUUCCCAAUCUACAAUCGUUCCCACCAAGUUUUCAACAUGAUGAAACUCGUGAUCCUCGCCCUGGCCUGUCUGGCUAUGACAAGCGCUGGCAUCAUCGUGAAACCUUCAUACGGCUAUGGUUAUGGAGGAUAUGGCGGCGGCUUUGGAGGCAUGGGCGGCUUUGGAGGCAUGGGCGGCUUUGGAGGCAUGAGAGGCAUGGGCGGCUUUGGAGGCAUGGGAGGCAUGGGCGGCUUUGGAGGCAUGGGAGGAUACGGAGGCUGGGGAGGCAUGGGAGGUUACGGCGGAUACGGAGGCUAUAGCGGCAUGGGAGGCAUGGGAGGCUUUGGCGGCAUGGGCGGCGGAUACGGAUACGGCAAGAAGAUGAUGUACUAUUAGAUCUAUACUAGAACGCUCACCUACGGAUAACCUGGACACCUCUUGACACUGGCAACAUAUCUGUGUGUUAAUUUGACUCACUUUGAAAUUAAAAGAUGCAUUCUAAA